CUGGCGGGGGGAGCAGGGAGCUGGGGCCCAGAGCUGCCAGGCAGGAAGUCAGGGGGGAGUGAGCAAGCCAGCUCUGGGAAGUUUGCAAAGCUGUCAGAGUGUGUGGAGAGAGCGACCGAGCAAAGCCCUCUCCGCCUGCCUAGUGACGACGGGGCUAAGGCUUUAGGGAAAAAAGGAAAAGGAGGCUCCUGCUCUUGGCAGCAUCCCUGGCUGCCGGCACAAAGGACCAGACCAUGCACGGCUGAUGCGAGACCUCAGGGACUGGAGGUUGGGAACUGGGAUGGCCGGCCCCGUGGCCCCGGUGUGGCUCUGUGUCUGGUGGGGCCUGCUUACUAGGCAAGCCUGGGGCAUGAACUACCCUCCCAGGUACAACCUAUACACGGGCGCUGGCCUGCCGUUGACGCAGCUCCAAAGCACGGCUCAAGUACCCAACGGAGCCCGGGUUGCCAGCCGCCACAGGAACUGGUGUGCCUACGUGGUAUCACGUAGCGUGAGCUGUGUGGUAGAGGAUGGCGUUGACACCUACGUGAAGCCGGACUACCAGCCAUGUGUCUGGGGGCAAAUCCAGUGUCCCCGUGUGGUCAUGUACCGGAGUUACAUGCGCCCCCGCUACAAAGUGGCCUACAAAACGGUGUCGGACCUGGAGUGGCGUUGCUGCCCUGGCUUCACAGGGGAUGACUGUGCCGAAGGGGGGACAGCAAUCACCACCACCCGGCCACGACCGCAGCCCGGACGACCCAACCUGUCUGGCUUCAGCAACACGCUCAGUGGCCUAGGCGGAGAAGGGCAAAGGGACUCUCAGAAGGUGCAGCAGCUGGAAGAGAAAGUGCAAAGCCUCACCAAACAGCUGCAUGACCUGCAGUCCACCAUCCAAACCAGCAACACCAAGCUAGCAGAAGACAUACGCAAGGCGAUAGAGUCCUCUCUGAAUGGUAAACAGCCCGCAGAUGCGGCCGCGCAUCCUGAGAUGAAAGAGACCCUUAACGAGAUCCAGCGUCACCUGCAGCGCCUUGACAACCGCAUCUCCAACCACGAGAACGGCCAAGGCCCCAGGGGCGGUGGAGCAGAUGUCCAUGGUGAGGUCCUACGGGAGGUUGAACAGCGCUUGCAGGAGUCCUGUACAUCCUGCCUGACAGGCGUGGAAGGAGUGCGGCGGCAGCAAGAGGAGGACCGCGAGCGCAUGAGAGCCGUGGAGAAGCUGGUCACGUCUAUGGACCAGCGGAAUCGUGAAGCGAUGAAUGCCAUCCAACAGCACGUGAGCGGCCUCGUUCAGCAGCGCCCCAAGGAUUGCUGCCACCAGCUGGAAGAGCGGGUGAACGGCCUGGAGCACCGCCUGGAUGGCAUCUCGGACUCUCUUGCCGUGCUGAACGAGCACGGAGGGGGAGGCCAGAGGCCACCGUCCCUUCCCCCUCCCUGGAGUGUGGACAGGCGCAUGUCUGAGAUGGAGAGCCGCGUCAACACCACGCAGCGCAGCCUGGAAGAGCACUUUGUGGAUCUGCAAGUCAUGCUGGAGGGAGCGGACGAGCGGCUCCGCCGAGCCGAGGGGCAGCUGGAUUUCUUCUUCUCUCGCCUCAACGACUUCCAGAACCACGUCAACCGGGCCCUGGCCAACCUGUCACGGGACACGGGGGGACUGAAGGACAGCAUCCUGCAGCAGCAAGGGGCUCUGGAGCGAGUGCGUGGGGCGGUGCACACCUGCACUCAGAUCUGCACUCCGUCCGGCAGUCAGGACUCCCAGAUUAGCAGCAUCUUGAGCGACCUGGGACGCCGGGUGCUGGACAACGAGGCACAGCUCCGAAUUCUGGGCUCCUCUGUCCACCAGCUUGAUGUGUCUGGCAAGCUGCAGAACCUGCGGGGCUUGGUGGGAGCGAACACGGAAGCCCUUGGCAAACUAGCUGGGGAAAUUGGCGAGCUUGAGAACAGGCUGGUGGUCUCCGUAAGUGCCGGUCCGCCAGACCUAGUGCUCUAUUCCAACAGCACUAAUAAGCGCCUGGAGCGGCUGGAGAAAGAGAUCGAGGAGUUGGAAGGGGACAGCUGCAGCCAGACUUGCUCUGAGCUGAAAGGGGAGAUGGGGCAGCUUCGGGAACAGGUAGAGACCUGUCAGGCAGCCUGUCAGCCUAUGGGGAGGAGGCCAGAGCUGGACAAAGAGCAGGUGGAUGCCACUAAACCCCUGGACGGCUUCAGCGUGAUCAGCGGCAGCUCCAGCGUCAACCUCAAGUCCUUGCAGGGUGAGUUGUCUGAAGUCAUCUUGAGCUUCAGCGCCCUCAAUGAGACACUGGAGGGGCUGCAGGCCACGGUGGAGAAGCACCAGACAGACAUUCACGAGCUGGGCACCACCAACAAAGACUGCUGUUACAUCAUCGGCAGAGAUCAAACCCGGAAGUAAAGCAGGAAGGUGACGGACCACGCCAGCGUAAAAGCGAGAGCGUUGGCAAGGAAGCAAAUGAGUCGCGAGAUCCACCAGUUCGGCGGCACUCUGCAAGUGGAGGCCUCAGACUGCCGGCGGGCCUCCGGGGGUCUGGCGGAAAGGCUGGCUAAGCUCGAGGGCACUUGCGAACGGCUGGACGACGUGUCUGGUAGCCUGCGUAAGAUCAAGGAAGGGCUGGACAAGCACGUGACAGCCUUGUGGAACUGCCUUCACGAGGUGAAUGGGACCCUACGCAACCACGGGGCCCUACUGGACAAGAUACACGGCAGCCAGCUGGGCACCAUCCAUCGCCGCCUCAGUACCCUUAACGGAUCUCUCCAGACCCUGCAGAGUCAACUGCACGAUCUCACGCUUCAGGAUUUGACAGGACCUCCAGGGCUCCCAGGACUAGACGGUCCCAUAGGGAGACCGGGUCUCCCAGGUCUAAUUGGGCCUCCUGGCAAGGAUGGAAGGAUGGGGCCUGUGGGUCCCCCAGGUCUCCCUGGAGAGCAAGGGCUGCCAGGUCCGGUCGGAAGGAUACCCCAAGUCGCAUUCGCAGCAGCGUUAACCUCCCGGCAUGUGGAGACCGGAACCAUCUCCUUUGACAGGGUGCUGGUGAACGAUGGCAAUUACUACGACCCUGACUCAGGGAUCUUCACGGCUCCUGUUUCAGGCCGCUACCUGGUCAGCGCCAUCCUGACUGGUCACAGGGGCGAGAAGAUCGAGGCAGUGCUGUCCCGCUCCAACCAGGCGAUUGCCCGCAGCGACUCAGCCGGGUAUCAACCCGAAGGCCUGGAGAACAAGCCCGUGGCUGAAAUCCAGCCAAGCACAGGAGCUUUGGCCGUCUUCACCCUCGUCGUCCCCAUGGAGGCUGGUGAGACCCUCUGUGUGGAUCUGGUUUCUGGCCGGCUGGCCCACUCUCUGGACGAACCACUUACUGUCUUCAGCGGAGCCUUGCUCUAUGAGGAGGCUGGAGGGAUAUAAGUGGAAGCGGGAGAGGGCCCUCAGCUCAGCCUAGAAAGGGACCAAAGAGGAACUUCCUGGCUUGCUGACCCAGAUGACCUCCUUUCCUGCGGCUUCUGAGCUGGGGACCCCGGGGGAACUUCCAGCAUCCCAGCAUUUAAGCCUACAGCUUGGGAGCAGGAGCCCCAAGAAAAAUGGAGGGCCUCACUGCAGCGGCAGGCCCUCUUACCCUUCUAGGACCUCUCUCUGGAAUUGCCACCUCCCUCCCUCUUCUCAGCCACACGGCGUAAAACCAUGCACAGACUCUGCCCUCCUGAUGCUUUGCCAGUGCAGCCGUGUGAGUAACCUGAGAAGUGUGAGAGCAUCCAAACCAGCACCUGCUCUCUCAGCUACAUCAGCCCGCCCUGUCCAGAGGGAAGGUAAAGCGCAGCCAUCCAACUCAACAGAAUGAAUCCUGGGGUGGGGGGAGGAGGGAAAUGCCCUUUCUGUUAUUUAUCAGUGUCUGUCGUACCCUGGAGAAACCACACGCUCCCUCCCUCGGGCCGCCGCCACCUCACUGCACCACCAGCCAGUCAACUUCCUGUGCUGCUCACGCCUCACAGCUUGGGCCGCCUUAUCUAGCCACUGCGGAGCUGCAGAUGAAGGCCCUGCCUGCCACCAAGGGACCAGAUCCUGGCUUUUGACCGUAUUACACUGGGCUGUUGAGAGGGAAAGGAGGACGUAUCCUUCACAGCACUGCUGGUACAGAGGGAGAGAAGCAGUGAAGUAACGGUUUCUAGAGGAAGAGAACGGUGCCCCCUCGUGGGUUCCCAUCUUGUGCCUACCUUGUGUAACAGCCAAACUCAGCUACAGUUAUAAUGAUUGAAUAAAGAAACACAACUCUUUUGUAAA